AUGACGCUGCGCGGCGUCGCGGCGUCGAGCGUGUAUAAUCUAUUGACGGAUUACGAGGCUUCGCCGCGGGCGUUUCGAGCGGUGCGGAGCGUGAGGGUGAUCGAGUGCGAGGGUGAUGCGUGCGUGGCGAGUAAUAUUUACAUCGAGCAGGAGUGUGAAUGGAAGUUUUUUGUUUUCGGAGGGGCGUUUCCGUGCGCGUUUGAGGUUGAGGAACGCGACGAAGAGAUGAAGAUGAAGUGUUCGCUCGCGCGGGGUCGGCGAGGCACGGGGUUUUUAAAACAGUUUGAGGGGUCGUGGUCGGUGGAGAAUACGAGCGAAGGGGUGCUAAUCGAACACACCCUGAUGGUGAAGCCGAAACUGACCCCGCCGUACGCGAGUAAAAUUUUUGUACAGCAAGUGGAGCAGAUUCUCGAAGACGUGGUGAACGAAAUCGAGACGUGGAACGGCGUCGUCUACGGCAAGCCUCCGCAUCGCCAGGGCGUGGACGCCUCGAUUAUUUAA